AAUAACCAAGAAAACGAAUUCACGGCCACGCUGGGAGGAAGAGAAGGAUUCAGCCGUGGGUCUCCGUAGGUGGUUGGAAUCAAUUGUGGGUCUCGUUCAAGUUGUGUUUCACGGUGUGGUUUUUGGUUUCUACGGUAGCCUUCGGCGGCGGUUGAAGCUGUAUUUCACGGUGGUUUAGCUUUUGAGGUGAUUUUGGCCUAUUAAAAAUGGGGAGUAAAGGUCGACUUCCCCCUUCACAUGGAAGGCGUGCUCUUCCAGGUUCUGGUGUAUUGCAUCCAGAAGCAUUUGGUCACGCGCUACGUCCUCCACCAGGUGCCUUUCCUCCAUUUGACAUGUUGCCUCCGCCAGAAGUGCUGGAACAGAAGCUAGCUGGGCAACAUGUUGAGAUACAGAAACUUGCCACUGAGAAUCAGAGGCUUGCUGCUACACAUGGAACCUUGAGGCAAGAGCUUGCUGCUGCUCAGCAUGAGUUGCAAAUUGUUCAUGCUCAAAUAGGAGCCGUGAAGUCUGAAAGGGAACAACAAGCAAGGAAUCUUUCUGAUAAGAUUGCAAAGAUGGAAGCAGAGUUAAAAGCAGCUGAGCCAAUUAAGUUGGAGUUGCAGCAAGCAAAAUCAGAUGCUCAAAACUUGAUCGUAGCAAGGCAGGAACUUAUUACUAGAGUGCAACAUUUGACCCAAGACCUCCAGAGGGCCCAUGGAGAUGUGCAGCAAGUUCCUGUUUUGAUGUCGGAACUUGAGAGUUUGAGGCAGGAAUAUCAGCAUUGUAGGGCGACCUAUGACUAUGAGAAAAAAUUAUACAAUGAUCAUCUUGAGUCACUUCAGGUGAUGGAAAAGAAUUAUAUUACUAUGGCUAGGGAACUGGAGAAGCUUAGGGCAGAGUUGACGAACACUUCUAGUUUGGAACGUAGACAUGGUGGGCCGUAUGGUACUACCCCAAACAAUGAGAUAGAGGCUUCUGGGAAUGCAGCUGGACAAAAUACUUACGAAGACAGCUAUGGUGUUGCCCAGGGACGUGGGACGCUGCCCGCUACAGCAGGUGGUGCAUCCAAUGCUGGUGCAACUGCAUACACGGGACCUCAAACUGGUUCGGCUGCAGCCCGACCCAACUUCGAUGCCACAAGGGGUCCUCAACGAGGACCUGGUUAUGAUGGAGGAAGAGGAUCCAUUUAUGAUUCACAAAGACCUGGUUAUGAUGGACAAAGAGGACCAGGUUACAACGUGCCUGGGUUACCUACUUACGACGCAUCUAGAGGAGUUGGCUAUGAUCCUCAAACUAGAGGUGUUGCCGGCGGACAUGCUGCGCCUGGAAACACCGCUCCUUAUCGAUCCUCAACACCCCCUGGUCGUGGUGGUGGGUUCGAAGCACCAUCUCGAGGUGGAGGAAACCCCGGUCGGAGAUGAGCCAAAGGUACCUUUUAGAGUACCUUUUUUCACUAGGUUUUCUCAUCAACCUUAUCCAAGUUGUGCCAUUCCCUCAAAUUUGCAAAGACUUCUUGUUUUUUUUCUUCUUUUUUGGUAGAAGUUUAUCAUCAAAGACACUUACUUGACAAAACUUUGAAUGAAUCAUUGGAGAACUUUGCAUCGACAUAAAUGUCACAAUCAUUUCUAGUUAA